UUCAAUAACAUUUCAACUUAUAAGCAACACUAUUAUCAUUUCAUCUUACUGAACAUUCAAAUUGAUUGUUUAUCAACCGUGAGCAUCAAAAUUUUAGCCCAUCAAUUCAUCAUUGAUAAGUUUAAGUGUAAAUCUUUGCUCAACUCUUCUUUAAUUGUGAUCAACUAAUUGUUUUUCAUUUUCUAACUCCAACUUCUUGAUUUGGUUACAUUGAAAAUCAUGGUCUCAAUCACGGAUAGUUUAAAUUCAACUGGACAAUGGACCAGCUUGGCUUAUCCUUCAGAGUUUAUCACAAUUAACCAGAAAGUAGCCAAAAACAAUUCUUAUUAUGGCAAUGGAACUGCAACUGUUAAAGGCAAACUGUCCAACAAAUUAAACUCAAUUGAUGCUUCAAACAACACUGCUUUAUUUGAUUCAAUCCGUAAUCAAAGAUACAGACAAUGUCUUCUGCUAAUUCAAAGUGGUCAAGAUGUGAAUGGACGAAAUGAGUUGGGUGAGACUCCAUUAAUUCAUCUGGUUAAAUCCUUGAAUCGUAAAGAGCACAAGAAAAUGCGAGCGAAAUUUGCUAAAUUGCUACUUGAUUUUGGAGCAAAUCCUAAUCUUCAGGAUUCUCGCGGUCAAACAGCGUUAAUUCAUGCAACCAUCAAAGGUCAAGAUGAUCUAGUUCAAUCCUUGCUUUCCCAUGAUGAAACUGAUAUUACGAUACAAGAUAAAGAGGGAAAUACUGGGUUAAUGUAUGGAGCCAAAGGUGGACAGUUAAGUGUGGUUGAGUGUUAUAUUGAUCAUUUCAUUAAGCGUGAACUUGACCCUAACCUGUUGAGACAGCGAAACAAUUAUGGUAAAAAUGCUUUGGAAAUAGCAAAAGAAGAGUCUCGCAGUGAAAUUGUUUCAAUGUUGACCAACUAUUUGACUCAAUUCAAUUCAAUUUACUCUAAAGAUUUAGAAAGAUGGACUUCAAUCCGUCCAAAAAUGUCAAAAGCCAAGUCACUUGAUUCAAUAUCAAUUGAUUCGGAUGUUACUUAUGUAACAUCUGAGCAACGUAUCAAUCAUCACAAUUCUCAGCAUCAUCUUUGUCAAAGUUAUGAUCAAAACGAACAAGACAACCCGAAUUCGACUGAAUCCCUCUCAUCUUCCCAUAAACAGCAACAAUGUUCACUGUCAAGACGUCAUUGUAUCAAUGAAGGCAAUAUUUACCGUGAUUCGGAGCCCUUGGUAAAUGACAAUUUAAAUAACUUCAACAAUACAAAUGUUAACUUUGAAUCUGCUUUGAGACGGAAAAUUGAAAAUCUCAAGUCGAUCAAUCGACCAACAGAUUAUUAUGAAGAGAUCUGGGAACAAGAAACAAUGUCUUGGUUUAAUGGUGACAACCAUGAGACUGGUCAAACCAACGGACAGCAAAGAUCAUCAAAUAAAUCUUCAAAUAAGUCUUCACCCAACAGUUUAUCAAGAGGACCAGUCAAAUGUGAACCAAACAGCAACAACAAUCAGCAAAUGGAUUCUGAAGCAUUGAAGCUUCCUCCGAUUGGGAAUAAUCGGCUGAUUGACUAUAAAACAUGGUGUGACAUGGGAAUGGCAGCAAAAAAUAAAACCAAGUGAAUUGAUAGUCAACAUCGAGAAACAAUAAAAGGAAACAUUGCAAAGCACAAAAUUUACAAUUUAAAUGUUAAUCAAUUUUUGGGAUUUUUCUGGUCUUAAUUAUAAACUGGAUAAACUUGGGAUCAAAGUGUUUGCUGUGAAAUGAUGAAUAUAAUUUGAGACGAAGUUUAAACUAGUGCGAGAUGUGAAGAAUUGAUUGUUUCAGUGUACAACUGCAAAUCUUUUUACUGUA